GCUGAAAGCAGAAAAACACAUCCAGGCUCCAGUAACAGUGCAGCAGCAGUGCGAAGGCAGGCGAGACAAAAACAUGAAAUAAGAUGAGUUUAAAAGAGCACAGCCACAAGAACUGUGGUGCGUAGGAAGAGGAAGGAAGGAGAGGACAGGGAGCGAGGAUGACGCUCUAGUGGAUGGUAGCUACAGUAGGCAGUGGGCGUGUUUAUCUCGUCGUGAUCUAUAGCUGGGAUGCCCGGUGUCAUCUGCUUAAGCACAGAGCAACUGAACAGACCUUUGUGGACAGGCAGGACAAGAGGGAGCCGGCAGGGAAUUCCAUAACUGGAAACAUACAUCAUACCUCGGUCUCAACCUUCACUGUGGAUGAGGAUUCCUUUCACCUGUGCUACUCUGAGACAUUCUCUGCAUUCUGACGUAUUAAAGCCAAAGGACAGACUUUCAGAGAAAGACGCAUUGGAAGGACUGUAACUGCCUGAUGUGCAACUCCAAGGGGAGUUUGAUGUGACAGAGUGUGAGUGUGUAUUUGUGUGAUGUUUGCAGUUACGGGUGCGGUCUGUCGCUGCACUGCAUCUCCUUUCUGUCUCUAGCAUGUGCGGAUGUGUGGAACUCUGAAGCUGGCUACUGGAUUGGAGUUAAGCAACAUCUGGACUGGAGGGGUCGCAUCUCCCUUUUGUGCCCAGGGGAGGGAGCCUUGGGCUGGGCACCCAAUGGCCCAGCUCCCCUCUAGCACCAACCUCAUCCUGGAUCACAGGGAAUACUUUUAGCAAGUCAACCAGUGGGACCAUACAAUGGAUGGGAGUCUAUGUGGAUUUAAGUGGAAUAGUGCACUGGUGCUCCAGCAUAGGUCAGAGUUCACAAGCGUGCACUGGACUCAUCAGGGCAAGACAGAAGACACGUUGGUCGACAAACCAGCAGGGACACAGCCCCAUUGAACCUAGACUUACGUCCUUUGUGCAGCUUCUGACCUCUUACUAUGCCUGUGCGUCAGCGAUAAGACCUGAUAAGCAGGGGAGAAAAAUCUCUACACCACUAGACACCGGGAAGCUGUGCCCUAGUUUGAACUCUACUCCAAGAUGGCGAAUGCUGUGGAAACACUUGAAGAAUGAUGAGCUCCCAAGAGGAGGAAACUCUCCGUUUUUUCCAGUAUGUUGAGGAGAAUGGGCUGAGAGCCUACAACGGCCUGGUAGCUCAGAACCUGGACCUCGCAAGGAAUGAGAGAAAUAGAGCAUUCCUGCAGGAGAAAAACGACAAGAAGAGAAAACAGGUGGAGGCCAUAAGGAGGACUGGGGAGGACAUUACAACCGAAGGCAAGCACUUACGCAUGGGCUCCAUUACCAUGCCGGACCCCCAGGAACGCAUGCCCCACCCACAUGCCCUCGCAUGUGGGCAGGGCUUCUCUGUCCGCUCCCAGUCCCUCCACUCUGUUGGCGGUGGGAACACUGGGGGUGGAGGAGAGGAGGAGGUAGGGAGCCCGACCUCUAGGAAACAGCCCCCACCUAAGCCCAGGAGGGACCCGGCCACCAAGCUGAGCAUGUCGUCUGAGGCGGUGGACCACAGUCCCAUGUCCACCUGCCGAGGGGAGCGAUGUGACGCUCAAGGAUGCAGUGAGGACUGCAGGAGGGUGCCCCCACCCAAACCUAAGAGAAACCCCAACACACAACUAAGUGUUUCCUUCGAUGAGUCCUUCAUCAAGAGCCAUGCAGGCAGCGGCAUGUGUCCCUCUAAACCCCUCCAUCAUGUAUGCUCUCCCUGCGAACGCAACACGUCGCCUCCACAGAGCGACGAGAGCCCCACAGACGACUGUGAGGACGAACCCGUCUACAUAGAGAUGGGUGGGGUCGACGUCGGAGCACGAGAACCCCUGAAGAGCGAGGACGAGGAGCCCGGAGAGUCUGUGUACGAGGAGAUGAAGUACCCGGCUCUGGACGAUAUGGAGUAUCGCACAGACCCUGUGGGAUGUCGCUCCGCUUGCCCCACCCCAGCUCCAUACGAGCCUGAACCUCUCAGUCGCUGCUCGACACCUCGGAACAUUCCCCUCUGUGACAUUCCUGCACCCUUUCCUAAUCUACUCACCCAUCGACCACCUCUGCUGGUGUUCCCACCGGCGCCCGCUCAGUGCUCACCCAACUCAGACGAGUCUCCCCUCACCCCUCUAGAUGUAGCCAAACUGCCCAUGCUGGAGAACCAAUCCUACAGCAAAUCUCCCACGUCCUCCACUGAGCCGCCCUCCUCCGCACACAUCCGUAGGGAACUCACUGCCACCCCGACCCUCACUGUAUCCGGCCGCUCCUCUGCACCUCCUCUUCCAUGUACACUCUACAAAUCCUCCUCCUCUUCCUCUUAUCAGCGCAGCCACUCUGCCUGCCCAUCCCCGGUCAGCAUGGGUCGCUGUCUUACCCCUCUUAGUCUCAUGCGUACGCCUCCCUUUGAUGCUCCCAUGCCUUUUCCUGGAGGGCUGCCACGCAGCGCCUCUGCUACCCCUCAUGGUAAAGGCUCGCCGCCUCAAGAUGGGGUGGGUCGACUCCAUGGCUCAAUGCAGAAUGUGUCAACGGGGCGAUCAAGGACACCCACUAGCCCGCUUGAUGAACUUACAAACCUUUUCACCACAGGCAGGAACAUGUUGAAGAAAAACACCAGUGGAAGGAAGUCUAAAGAACCUGGAGAGACUGAGUCCAAAAGCAAGUCUCACAGCGAGUCCAAGCGUGAAGGCAAGGAGCGCCACAGUCACAGCAAGGAGUCAAAGCGAGACUCCAAGGAUCGCCACAGCAAAGAGUCUUCUCAUCGCAGAGACAAAGACAAAGACAGGGACAAAGACAAAGACAAAGACAAAGAUAGAGGCAGCAGCAAUGUUGAGCAACUAUCCCACAGGCGCAACAGCAAAGACCGUACUUGUAGCAGUGUAGAUGCACCAUCUGUUCGCAGGGACAGCAGGGACCAGGGCUGCAGCAGUGUAGAGCCCAUCCCAGUGAUAAGAAGAGACUCCAAGGACAGAGGCAUCAGCAAUGGCGACCUGAUGCCGAGAAGAGACAGCAAAGACCGAAGCGGGGGACAGGGAAUGGAGCCUUUUCUGAGACAGGACAGCAAAGAAAGAGAGAGACUGCUAGAUCAGCCGCCUGAGCUGUUACCAAGACAGGACAGCAAGGAAAGGGUGAGAAAUGGUUUAGACAGUAGACACGAAAGUCGAGAGAGACUGCUUGAUCAGCCGCCCGAGCUCUUACCCCGACAAGACAGCAAAGAUAGAGCCAGGAAUGCUGUGGACUCAAAGCACGAUAGCAGAGACAGGCCCCCUGAGCUUUUACCCCGACAAGACAGCAAAGACAGAGCAAGAAGUGGAGCAGAACUUCGGCAUGACGGCAAAGAGCAACGUCCAGAUUUGUUACCCCGACAGGAUAGCAAAGAGAGAGUAAGGAACGAUGUAGAACAUAGACACGAGGGUAGAAUAGACCAACCGCCAGAGAUCCUCACCCGACAAGAAACUUCGAGGAGCAGCAACAGCAGGGACAAGAUCAGCUCUGAAUCGAAGCAUGAUGGGAGAGAUCGAAGCAGCCACAAUGGAGGAGAACAUCCUCCACCUCCCCUACCCAGGCAGGACAGUAAAGACCUGAGCAGAACAGGACUCGAAGUGAGACGGGACAGCAAAGACCGGUGUUUGAAUGGAUCAGAACAGCAUCAGUAUGAUGCAAAGAGCACAAAGAGCCCUUCUGCAAUGGAGUACAGGUGUGAGAGUAAGGACCGAGGAUACAGAUCGGAUGGCACGCCCAGGCGGGAUAACAGAGCAAAUUACAGCGGUGACCAAUCAAAAGCACAAGAGAGGAACGGCAGCACAAUGUCAGGACAGCAUUCAUCCAUAACCACACCUACUCACCAUGGGAGAUCGUCUGGAAGCCCCCCAAUGACAGCAGGGACAGGAAAUGAUCCAAAAGCAGCACCAAAGUAUGCCCGCUCACCUUCUAUGCCUGCUAACCCCUCUCCAAUGGGAACUCCACAAAGGAGAGCAGCAGAGACACAACAAAGUCAGAUGCCCCAGAUGCCAUGGAUCUGUGGAGACACCACCAUGCUGGAACAGAUCGAGAGGAAGCGCACCCUCUGCCAGCAGAUUCGCUCCAAACAACAUCCACACCUGCAGAGAUUCCUGGAGAGGCCUCCUCCUCCUCCAGACAGGAGCGAGGAGAGGCACCAGGAGCGGAGUCAGUGCAAGCAAGAGAGUUCAUCAGCCCUCCCAGGCUGGGGGAAAAGUGGUGGGGCCAAAAAGAUCCGUCCUCCCCCUUACCCUACACAGAAAACUGUGUUCUGGGACACUGCCAUCUAACAACACACUUGCACCUCCCUGCCACACAACCCCCCCCCGAGAUACCCCAUCCCCUCUUUCAUAUUGGUUGUGCUGAUGCUUCCCUGCAACAUCAGGGGUGUCAGGACAGCCAGUAAGAGCACCAAGAAGUUCCUCGCUGAUGUCAAUGGACAAUGGUGGUUACCAUAGCAAUAUUUCUGCUCGUUCAGGUUGUCAUGUUUUCUUAUCAUCACUGGUGAUAUUUGAUAUUUUUCUAUUUCCUGUGAUUGGAUUCUUGUAAUAUAAUAAGUAGAAUAGAUAUUUGAUGAAUAGAUAUUUUCUAAAUGAGAUGGGGAUUAAAAGCAGCUUAAAUUAUGUAUAGUAGAUGUAGAUGCAAUCUAAUUUUUUGUUUUUGUUAUUUCUGUUUGGGUUAUUUUACAUUUGAAAGCAUAAUCUAUCAAUACUUGUACUGUAGUAGCAUAAUUUUCUUAUGCCCAAGGCUUUCUUUUCUUGUGCUGAAUAGCACUGAAAAUGAAUGGACUAUUCAAUUCUGUCUAUAUAUACUUUACAUUUUCACUGUUGUAUUGUAAGUUGAGGAGUUAACGUGCUUUAGAUUCCAACGCCCUCCAUGCCUGGUCCAGUAUGUUCUACAAUGUACAACAGAUGGUCCUGGAACAGAAACAGGAAACUUUGUGUGCUUCAGUUUGUAUAUUACAGUAAGAAGCUGUGUAGUAACUAAGUCAAAGCCUUUUGAAGCGGUUGAAUCGUUUUAUAUAGGACAAAAAAAAACAACCUGUUGGCUGGCAUGUGGGAGAGGAAUGAAAAAGUGUGAAAUGUUUCUGCUGUAAUCUAAGAUACACUAUGAGGGUGGGUUGGGGAGGUAGUAAAUUAGAACAUACAUUAUCAACAGUUUAACUUCCAAAACCAGCCAAAGCCUGUUAAAGCGAGAGAAGGGUGUGGUUGCACUUUGGACGGUCGGUUCUUUAAAAUGGGGUCGGUGGCAAUAGCUGGCGAGUACAAGCGCCCUUACUUUGCCAUGCACACUACGAGCACCACGACACAUUGUAAAUACUUGAUGCCAACAACCAGCCCGUACAAUCAACAACACCUGAGCUUUUAGAGCAUUUCUUAAUUUAACUGCAGAUUAUAAUAGCCAUAUGCACUUGCUUAAGAAUUAACUUUCAAGAUUAUGCUUAUAUAUAUAUAUUUUUGAAAAUGUUAAAGGUAGCUGUGCCAUGUAAGUUUUUCAUUUAUUGGCGAGAGGGAGGUUAAAGCCUCAGGAGGCUGGCUGUGUGUGACAUGCAGUCAUCUAUGAUUGGUUGUCUCGGACAAUAUUCACAAUUCGACUGGCAACCGUUUCAGAGAUCAAAGGACCUAUAACAUGGCAACAGCUCUACCCAGUCAAGCAGACAGGGGUUGCACAAGGGCCUACAAAUCUUUGAGGCUUUGUAAAAAGAAAAUGAAAAAGAAAUGCACUACCCAUCAUAUGUCAUUACAUUCAAUCAGGCGGAUUACAUACAUGUCCCUCUCCCCCUGCUCUCUCCCUCUACCUCAACCUCCUACUUACAUCAUUGAAAUUGGUUCUCUUCAGCACAUUCAAAUGCAAUGUUGACAUUGCCAAAAUAGUCUGGGUUGGACACGUGAGCUAAGCCUCAGAGUGGAAUGCAAGUGCAGUACUCGACACUACAGAGGUCCCUCUGUGUUGUACCUUUACGUGUGUGUUUGAGGGAGAGAGCCGUGUGUUUGUCUGUGUGUGCCAAGCUACACUGUAUGCAAGUUGAACUUUUAAAAAUGAUUGUUUUAAGACAUUUUACUUUGCCUCAUCCAUGAUAAUUGGAGGGCAAAGGUUGGAAAUGUAAUAAUGAUGAUGUACAAUCUCUUUGUGUGUAUAAACGUGCACUGUGAAAAGGUAGAGAGAGCACCGCACUGUCAGAGUCCUCUGUCUUAUUGCACUGAGUGUUCUCUUGUUUUUUGCGUAAGAAAAAAAGAAAAGGAAAAAACAUGUUUGAGGAAAAAAAAGUACUGUAUUCUGAUUGUCACUUGGGUUCUGUUGAGAGAAAUAAAUAAAUAUGAACUUGAAACCCUCUAUGGAAAA